AUGUCGGAGAAAGGAGGAAAGGGCGGUUCGCUAUUAAGCAAAGGGGGUUGGGUUUUGAGUCUUUUGACCCAUUUGACUGAUGUUGAUGCUCGUAGUCUCUUGGGAAAUUAUGACGGAGAAGUGAGGUUCAAAGAGAUGAGUGGUGUUCGAAUAUCUGACUUGUUGGAUGCAAAAUUUGGGUUUGCUCCCACGCCUUUUGUUGAUGUCUUCGAUAUGUUAUCCUUUGAUUUUGCAUAUUGUGUUCAUCUUGCCUUCAUUAAUCAGCAGCACUUGAUGGGUGGGCUAGGAUCCCUGAAAGGGAAAGAUGACAGUGCAACAAAAUCAGCCAAGGGAAGGAGGGUUCAGUUUUCUAAAGAUGGAGAAAAGGGAGAUAAGGUUGUAAAUGGCGGAAAGAGUUCUCAGUCAAAAGACUCACUAUCAUCAGAACACAGAGUGGAUCAAAAACUUCCAGAAAAUAUCAAGUGCCUGAUGGACUGUGAGGCUGCGGAUGUUUUACAGGGAAUUCAAGACCAUAUGGUCAUGUUAUCUAAGGAUUCAACCAUCAAAAUGCCUAUAUCAUUUGACAAGGGACUGCAGUAUGCCAAAAGCAAUAGCAAACCUCUUGCAAAUUUUGGUCUCAAUGACAAUGAGAUAUGUAUGAUUGGUAAUGUGUGCCCAGAAACUACUGAUGAAGUUUUUGCUCUUCUCCCAUCAUUGAAGUUUGAAUCAGCAGUGAAGGUUUUGGAGCACACAGGUUGUAUCAAAUACGGUGAUAGUCAACCUUGGCGUGCAUAA